AGGGUUUGUAUACAUGAACCAGUAUGGCGCGACUUCGAUAACCGAUCAUUUCUGAUUUCAUCCUCCGUCGACCCUUAGCAUUGCACGAGAAAACCCUAGUUUUCUACGAUGGUGAACUGGAGGAUUAGGCAAGAAUGGGAGGAAUACGAUCUCCAAAGCUCAUACGCUGACAAUCCAUGUAUGUUCUCGAUACGAUUGAACUAUGGUGGAGUUUUUACGAAGUUUCCAGGCCGCAAAUACAUAAAGGGGAAGAUGAAAUAUAUUGAUGGCAUUGAUAGUGACUUGUUCUCGGUGCAUGAUAUGGACGAGAUAAUGGAAUUGCUUGGUUGUGUGGAACCAGGUAAAAGUAUUUAUUAUCAUUUCAAACGACCAACCUGGGAUUUAGAUUUUGGGUUAUAUGCUUUGGGUUGUGACGAAGAUAUAAACCACUUUAGGUCAUACGUGUAUGAACACAAGGUGAUAGAAGUGUAUACAGAGUUUUGGGAAACCAAGCUCCAUACGUAUCAAAUGUCCCCAAACCCUGCAAAGAUAAAGAUACACGAAAUUCCUGAGUCCCUUUGUCGUAAAAGCUUGUUAUUGACAUGGUCAAAUUCAGGGGAUUGUCCUAGUGAAGAAGCCCCUGUUUUUGAGAAUGUAGAAACUAUGGACGAACCCCCUAGUACAUUACUUGAAACAACCUUGGAACAACCCCUUGUUACAUUGAGUGAAACAGUUGAGUCAACCCCUGCCUAUAUACCAAGAAUUGAAAGCCCUUUGACUGAACCAAUGAUAGGAAGCACAUGUCCUAAUGUUGAUGGUUGGGAUGAUACAUUUGAAUGGUGUGGGACUCCUAUGGAACAAGAUGAACCAAAUAGUGAAAAAGCAGGUGAAGACAGUCAAGCUAGUAAAGACAGUCAUGAUAGUGAUGACACUGAAGAUAGUGAAUACAGUCAAGAUAGCGAUUACAUAGUUGAUGAAGAUAAUUUGUUAGAUGAUCCAGAGGUUGAUAUGAAGAACUUUCACCUCAACAUUGACAAAGAGAGUAGAAGGGAGUUAGACUUCGUCAAGAAUGACAAAAAUAGGAUUAGAGUGGUUUGCAAAGGGACAAUACCAAACCUUGGGAUAUUAGAAACAGGUGGGACCAGCAAAAGUAAUGACAAAGUGGGACCAAGUCAAAAGAAAAAGAAAGUGAAAGAUGGUUCUGUUCAUAAAUGCCCAUGGGUCCUACUAGUGAGUAAGUGGAAAAAAGACAUUAACUGGACUGUUAAGACCUAUGAAAAGCAACAUACGUGCCUUCAAACAAGGAAAAUUAGGGCAUGUAACUACAAGUUUCUCUCUGAACAGAUUGUUGACACAGUGGAGGCAAACCCAGAAAUACCACUUAGAGCAUUACGUGAGAUGCUUGAGAAGAAAUACCAACUUGGAUUGUCAGACAUGAAAGUUCAUAGGGCGAAAACGAAAGCCCUGGAAUCAAUUAGGGGAGAUUUUGCUGCUCAGUACUCAUGUCUAAGAGACUACUUACAGGAGGUGCAGAGUAGAAAUCCAAACACCACAGUCAAACUUCAAGUGCAAAGUGAACCAUGUUAUGCAUCUGAGACCAGGGUAUUUGAACGAGUAUACAUUUGUCUUGGUCCACUGAAAAGUGGAUUUGCAGCAGGGAAAAGAGAUUUACUAGGGCUUGAUGGUGCAUUCAUGAAGGGUCCAUACCAUGGUAUGAUCCUGACAGCAGUGGUAUGUGCAUAA